GAGCUACCUUAACUCAGAGCAGUAUAAGUAAAGCGCUGUUACCUUUGCUUCUCAAUUGCGGGACGAGCGUCUUUUCAGUCACGUUCAAUAUAUAAAGACUUAAAUAUGUUAACACCAAUUCUAAUUGUUGUGUGUUUAAUUCCGAUAACAUCUGGACAUCCCCAUGAAAGAAGACAAAACGAUGAACCGAUAUGUUCCAAAUUUGACUAUGAAGAAAAACUUUUGGAAAAAAUGAUUAGAAUGGAAAUGAAAAUGGAAAAAAUAAUAGAGGAAGUUAAAGAUAAAGAAAAGAAUAUAAUGUCCGUGGCGACCAAUUUGUCCCAAAGAGUUGGAAAUAUGGAAAAUGACGCAAUUCAGUUCCAACGUGGUAUCAACCGCACAAUGGUCGAGUUUGCUGAUAGCUAUAGCGAGGAAAAGAGAAAACUCUCAGAUUUAGCAGACAAGUCCUUUAUUCCAAUUGUUGGAUUCAACGCCCGUCUAUCUUCUACAAAAACAGUAAACGGAGAGAACAAGGUCAUCUUCGAUACCGUCAUAACAAACCAAGGUGAAGGUUAUGACAGUUCUACCGGGAUAUUUACUGCACCGUAUACUGGACUAUAUUUCUUCUCAGCCCAUGUUUGUAAUAAUGGAAAAAGUGGCGUGCAUUACGCUAUAUAUCAAGAAGGUACACAGUUAACAAGUAGUACACAGUAUGAUAAUAACAAUGUUCAUAGCUGUAGUUCAGUGAGCACAAUCGCCAUGGUAAACAAAGCGGAACGAGUGUGGGUACAAACUUUAUAUACCUCAGUGUUUGUUAGUGAUAGUUUCAGAUGGAAUGCAUUUUCUGGAUCUCUCUUAAACAAAUAAUUACAUGUACACAUUAGCAAAACUAGGUAUAAAAUAUACCCAGGAAAUUUCCCAUAACCGGAUAUAGAUAUUUGGAAAAAUCAAAUCUUUAGAAGUUAUUUAUCACUUAAUAGAAAAAAUCAAAAUACCAAACAAGUUUUGCCUAGAUACGGCUCAUCACUCUAUAUAUAUAGUUGUAUGUAUAUAUUUGAGGGAAUUAGACUUAGUGUGUUUUAUUCUGAAAUCCUGACUCACACAGAAUCUUUUGUCUACGAAUUAUUUUAAAACGGUUCUGAGAUUUUUUAUUGAGCAAUAAUAGCUUCACAAAAACGGUGGGAAACUACCAUAAUGUUCGCGAAAAUGGAGAUUGUACUUUUUCGUUUGUUUGCUUUGUUGCUUUGUUUUGUUUUUGGCUUUCUAUGUGAGUGAUAAAAAACACUAUGUUUUUCGAUUUUUUUCUUUGAAUUUUGUAUUAAUUUUUAACGUUUAAUAGGACAUACGAGUAUAUCGAACACCGUAGGAUAAAUAAAGAAUAUUUGUUUACAUAUAACGUACUCAGAAGUGACAAUAUUGUGAGUAUCAUUUAUCAAACAGAAGCACGGAACGAAAAUGACGCCAAGCAAGUAGGGAAAAACUCAAGUUUAUAGCUAUCAUUUUCGUGUAUAAGUUUACAACUUCAGUGAGUCUGUAAAUAUGGCAUCCAGAACGAGACGAUUAUUUUUUUUAUUAAAUAUCUUGUCAAUGAAUCUAAAACGUUUCAAAACUAUAAAUUCAAAAAAAGCUUUAUCAGUCACAGUAAAUGAUGAACAUUUAGUGAUAUAGGCUAUAUCUCGUUGAGUAAACUUUCGCUGCUUUACAUACAAUGAAUAUAUAAUGAAUAUACAUAUAAGAUUAAGAAACUUUUGUAACUUUCACGUCAUUUUAUAUUUUGCAGAUAAAAAGUGUGAUAUUUAGAGAUAUAAAAUGCUCUAAUUUUAUGUUAGAAAAUAUUGAUAAUUGCAACACAGUCUCUUUGUAAAUAUAAAAUAAACAUGUUUUGACUUCACACAAACAAUAAGUUAUGUUUAAAAUUCUAUAUACUAUAGGUAAUCUUUAUAAUGAAGAUAUAGACAGUGUCAUUAAAGAACUUUUCUUUAAAGAAAAGACCUGUUAUAGGGAAAUCAACUUCCCAUACAUAGUGUAUUCUUUCUUUUAUUCAAACAAGACAUAUUAAGUAAGAUUUGCAUUUAUUUCAAUAGAUUUCUGUACUUCAAAUAUUUGACUGAAGGAUGAGCAAAGUAUAUCUUUAAAAAGGUGUUUUCGUUUUAUUGUUAUGAUUAUAUUAUACACGUAUUUACUAUUGACAAUAUUCAUUUUCUCUAAUAAAUAUGUAGAGGAAUGUUUGAACGUUGACGCUGUGUUGUUUAUUAAACACAAAAAUAUGUUAAACCUUUAUGACAUGUUUA